AUGAACGUUGUCUGUCGAAAUGGUGGAUACUCUGGUGACAUAGCCCUCUCUGAUUCAGAAGCAAUGAGUAUGAUUGAACGUUAUGGAGAUGUCGACAAACGACCACUUCAACAAUGGAUUGAACACUCAGACACUUAUAAUUUUGACGGAUAUUCUGACACUGCUACAAAGACUGCCACAAAAGUUGGCGACAAGCCACGAGAUGCCUCGAACGAUGGCACUACAAAUAGGAAACCUGCCUACCUCUCUUCGAAACAACAAAACGAUAAGGCUAGGGGUGUGCGUAGGAGCCAGCGCGAACGUCGUCAGCGUUUUCGUCAGAAUCGUCGAAGAGACCGCAAGGAUGUGAAGACAAGCGAUGCCCCCCUUACUCAUGAGCAAUACCUUCGCCGUUUGAAGAGAAUUUCCGAACGCCAAAGAAUCCUCCACGAGAGACUGGCUGCCCUCUCACGCAGGCAGCAGGCAUUGCUAGAGAGGGCGAUGCUGUCAAGAGAGACUGCUGGCCAUGAUACUUCGUCGCGAGGAGGUAAGAGGGCGAAUUUGCAGAGUGCCCAGAGGGUUAGAAAACUUCAAGACGUGGAUGAGGAAGACCAGCUUCCAGAGGAAGACAGACCCAAAAGACGUACGCGACGUGCCGCCACGGCAUACAAAUCAAGGACUUGGCCAUACGGUGUUAUUCCUUACGUGAUACAGGCGAAUUUCUCAAGUGAAACUAAGGCAACCAUAAUGAAGGCCAUGCGUCAUUGGGAAAACCACACCUGCCUUAGUUUUGUUGAACGCGAGCCUCAGCACAAGUCCUACAUCAUCUUCACAGUUAAACCCUGCGGGUGCUGUUCCUACGUUGGGCGACGGAGUGAGGACGAACCGCAAGCGAUUUCGAUUGGCAAGAACUGCGACAAGAAGGGCAUUGUUAUUCACGAGCUGGGACACGUGAUUGGAUUCUGGCACGAGCACACACGACCAGACAGAGAUGACCACGUAGAGAUCCUUCUGGAGAACGUCGUUGAAGGUCAGGAUUUCAAUUUCAAGAAGAUGGAUUCAGGGGAGGUGAACUCACUCCGCGAACCCUACGACUACAGUUCCAUCAUGCACUACGCCAAGGGCACAUUCGCAAAGGCGAACAAAGACGAGACCAUUCGACCAAAGGCCUGCUGCCCAAGGCCUCCGAUUGGACAGCGCAUUCAGCUCAGUCCGGGUGAUGUGAGACAGACCAACAAGCUCUACGGAUGUCCCUCCUGUGGUCGGACCCUUCUGGAGCCUUCAGGCACGUUCGCCUCACCUCAAAUGUCCUGGGUGGUGCACAACAGUCAUGACUACAUCACUGCCUCAGUUCCCGACAUCGAUUUCAACUCGCCCGACAUUCUCACCGACCCAUCUUCCUUCUACCACCCGUUGACUCACGAAUUGUCCAGCACCCACCGCCUUACCGGUAUGGUUGGUGACCGCCAGAGCCAGAUGCUGUCGGACGACAGUAGAUGGGGCAAAUUUGCUUCACUUGCGUCCAAAAUGCACGAGCGCGGCGGAAGUGAGGCCUCCUCUUCUCUGGCAUUCGCCCCGACAGGUCCGCUCUUCUGUCAGUGGCGGAUAAUUGUGGCCAUGGGGGAGAGGAUCUACCUCAACUUCACAUACCUCGAUAUCUUUCAACAACACGACGAUCUCAAAGCAAUGGGCGGAGGGUCUGGUCUGGCGCUAAGCCGUGGAACGCCUCAGGCGCCAUGCAGUAACGACUAUGUCGAGGUUCGCGAUGGAUACUACUCUGGUUCACCGCUUAUUGGAAGGUACUGUGGCAAAACGCUGCCCCCGACGAUCAUUUCCACGAAGUCGCGUCUGUGGAUCGAGUAUCGUCGAUCCUCGGAGUCACUAAGCACCGGAUUUGUUGCUGAAUAUCAAGCCAUGUGCGGUGGCGAGAUCGUGCAAGAAGAGGGAGUAAUCACGAGUCCAAGCUAUCCAGAAUUUUACAAGCCAAACAAGGAAUGCAUCUGGAAGAUCGUUGUUCCGACGGGUUUCUCAGUUGCUCUCACAUUCCAAUCGUUUGACAUUGAAAAGCACGAUAAUUGUGUCUAUGACUACCUGGAGAUCCGAGACGGCCUGUCUGAAAGUUCGCCGGUGUUGAAGAAGCUUUGUGGUUCCAACUUGCCGACACCCAUCAAGUCGACAAACAACAUGAUGUACAUCAAGUUUGUCUCGGACAGCUCCGUCGAGAAGCAAGGUUUUACCGCCAAAUUCCAAAAGGAAUUUGACGAGUGCAAGACGAACAAACAUGGCUGCUCGCAUAUCUGUGUCAACACGCUGGGUGGUUACCGCUGCCAGUGUGAAAUAGGCUAUGAACUCCAUCCUGAUGGCAAACGAUGCGAAGACGCCUGUGGUGGAGUGAUAAACGCCGCCAACGGAACCAUCCAAACGCCCGGUUUCCCGGCCGAGUAUCCACCCAAUAAAAACUGCAUCUGGAAGAUCGUUGCGGCUCCGAAGUCGACGAUUUUCCUCAACUUCACUCGCUUCGACCUCGAGGGCAAAAACAAAGCCUGCAACUACGACUUCAUAAACGUCUACAGUGGUCCACAGCACAAUCAGCAGAAAAUCGGUACUUUUUGCGGAAACACGCUCCCAGCCCCCAUCACGUCGCACACAAAUGAACUGAACAUCGAAUUCUACACGGAUGGAUCGGUCCAACGCACCGGCUUCAGGGCUGUCUUCUUUACCGACCUUGACGAAUGUGCUGACAACAAUGGCGGUUGUCAGCACAUCUGUCGCAAUACAAUCGGCUCCUACUACUGCGAGUGUCGACCGGGCUACAAGGUGUACGGGAGAUUCAAUUGUAAAGAAAUUGGAAUCAGCGCUGGCUGUCAACAGGAGAUCUCUUCACCAGAGGGUGAAAUCCGAACCCCCAACUGGCCCAGUGAAUACCCCGCGAGGCAAAACUGCCAGUGGAAAAUCACUGCAACGCCCGGCCACCGUGUUAAAGUCGUCUUCGAUACCUUCGAGGUGGAAUCUCACCAGCAAUGCAUGUACGACCGAGUGAUCGCCUACGACGGUCUCACCACAGAUGCACCCCAGCUGGGCCGUUAUUGCGGUAGUCGUAAACCCGCACCCAUCAUUUCCACGCAGAGCACCCUCCUACUUACCUUCAACACAGACGGAUCUGUCCAAAGGAAGGGCUUCAGGGCACAGCACUCUACUGCGUGCGGUGGCGAGCUGAAAGCUGAUGUUACCCCACAGAAUCUCUUCUCACACGCCAAAUUCGGCGAUCUCGAUUACCCCGUGAACCAGCAGUGCUACUGGACAAUCCACACGAACCUCAAAAAUUACACGAUACUCAUUCGCUUCCUCUUCUUCGAGGUGGAGGAGGAAACUCUUUGCACGUACGACUAUGUCAAAAUCUUCGAUGGUCCUGAUGGUAGCAUGCAUAUCCAGUUCUACACAGACGACACGAUUAGCGGUAAGGGCUUUCACGCCCAAUACCUGCUUGUUCCCUACGGCGCUGUUGCCCACCAGAACCACCUAAGUCUCUCUCCGAUUGUCAAAUUGCCUAAUUCGCCCCCAUCCUUUUAUCGAUCGGAACAACCGGCCUACCGGCCCAGACCCUCGGCGUCGAUUACACCCUCGCGUGCCCGAGCUCCAUUCCAUGGGAGUCGGUAUGUUUCUGGCAUUCACCGCAGUUCUCCCUGGGUCAGUCAGAAGAGCCUCUUCGGACAACAGCGAUCUUCGGCUUCCAUGCAACAGCAGCAGCAGCAGUCACGUGCUUGGAGGGUACCUUAUAGGCCUCCCUCAUCGCCAUCCCUGCGGCCCUCUCGAAAUGCCAGACCUCGCGCACAAACCUUUAGCCCUCACGGGACCUGGACUGCUACUGACUAUCGUCGUAUUCACCCGCAACUGAGACCUGAAAUUGAGUACGGAAUCCACGAGGUAGGCGUCUCCACGACCACCUACCUCCCACCAGCCACAGAAACCGAACCGAAGUGGUUGGCUUCGCGACGAUCUACACCACCGUACAGGCGCAUUUCUAGACAAUGA